CUACGAGUCGGGUGGGUCGGUGUACUUCGACACGGCGAGGUUCGACAGCAGCGAGCGCCACUCGUACGCCAAGCUUGUGCCCGAGGCUGUGGGUGAUCACAAGGCUCUGCACGAAGGAGAGGGCGACCUGAGCAUCAGCGCUGAGCGGCUGAACGACAAGCGAUCGCAUGACUUUGCGCUGUGGAAAGCCUCAAAGCCUGGGGAACCUUCUUACUCGCCGUGGGGAAAGGGUCGUCCUGGGUGGCACAUCGAGUGCUCUGCAAUGGCUGGCUCCAUCCUGGGAGAGUCCAUGGACAUUCACGGCGGGGGCUUUGAUCUGCGCUUCCCCCACCAUGACAACGAAUUGGCGCAGUCCGAGGCCUACUUUGACAACGACCACUGGGUGCGCUACUUCCUGCACGGACAUCUCACCAUCUCCGGCUGCAAAAUGUCCAAGUCUCUCAAGAACUUCAUCACCAUCAAGGAGGCUCUGAUGAGCAACACGGCUCGGCAGCUCAGGCUGGCCUUCCUCAUGCACUCCUGGAAAGACACGCUGGAUUAUUCCUCAAACACCAUGGAGUCGGCCACCCAGUAUGAACGCUUUCUCAAUGAGUUCUUCCUGAAUGUGAAGGACAUUUUGCGAGCACCGACAGACAUCACGGGGCAGUACGAAAAGUGGGAAGAGGCUGAGAUGGAUCUCAACAAACUGUUUUACGAAAAGAAGGCGAGCGUCCACACGGCGCUCUGCGACAACAUCGACACGCGCGUGGCGCUGGAGGAGAUGAGGGCUCUCAUCGGCCACUGCAACACGUACAUCGCCAGCGUGAAGGGCCGCAAGGCAUCGCCCAACAAGGGCCUGCUCAAGAACGUCUCCCUUUACUUGACACAGAUGUUCAAGAUUUUUGGUGCAAUCGAAGGGGACGAUGCAAUUGGAUUCCCAAUCACCGCCUGCCAGGGAACAAACCUGGAGACUGCAGUAAUGCCAUUCCUGUCCACCCUGGCCGAAUUCCGUGAAAGCGUCCGGCAAAUUGCCCGGGAAAAGAAGGUGAUGGAGUUGCUGACUUUGAGCGACACCCUACGCGACGACAUUCUGCCUGAGCUCGGUGUGCGACUGGAAGACCAUGAGGGUCUUCCCCCCGUUGUGAAACUCGUGGACAAGGAAUCUCUGCUAAAGGAGAGGGAAGAGAAGAAAAAGAUAGAAGAAGAAAAGCAACUUAAGAAGGAGGAAGCAGCCAAGAAAAAGCAAGAACUGGAGGCUGCAAAAUUGGAAAAAAUGAAGAUCCGACCUCAAGAAAUGUUUUUGAGCGAGACGGACAAAUACUCCAAGUUUGAUGGAAACGGGUUCCCCACGCACGACUCGGAGGGAAAGGAGAUCAGUAAGGGUCUCGCCAAGAAGCUGAGGAAGCUGUACGACGCGCAGGAGAAACUGCACAGCCAGUUUGAGCAAAUGAAUAUCUCCCAGUGA